AUGAUGGAAAUGGAGGAUUCCAUUCUUCUUCAGGAGGUGGAGGAAGAGGUGGAGGAAGAGGUGGAGGAAGAGGUGAAGGAUUUGGACGACAUGAGAACCGACGGAGUGGCGGCGUGGUCCGGAGGGACGGGAGGGGGGACUGGUGACGCCGAGCCGGCGCAGGAAGGCGUCCGGGCUCGCGGCCAGUACUUGGCGAGGAUGGUCGCAGUCUCUGAUCAGCAGGCCGUGAGGGAAUACCUGCUUACAGAGCCGCUCGAAGAGUCUUGGUCUGCACGUAUUCAGGGCACUGGGGGCUUGCGCCGUGUCAGCAAUGCGCGUGUCGGCAAGACCCAGCAAGGAUAUGUGGAGAACCGCUCUUGA